AUGCCUGCUUUUAAACAACGUCAUCCAGAUGGAGGUGGUGUAACACAGAGAGGUGGUCGCGGCGGUGGUGGCGACGGUCGUUAUGGCAAUCGUGGGGGUGUUCAGGGUGGUACUAGUGGUUAUAGUUGUGAUGGAUCUCGGAAUGGUGGAAGAUGUGCUGUUGGCAGCAACAUCAGUAGCAGAGGAGUUGGUGGUGGUAGUUAUGCUCAAAUGUAUGGUCAGGCAACGCCAUACACGAGCAAUGGAAGAGGUGUACCAUUGUGUGAUGGUUAUGUGACUGAUCCGUAUCAAAUGGCUUCAAUCAGCCAACAAAUGGGUGGUAUGAUGUUAUUUGAACCUGGCUUAUCUGCUGCUUCACAGCAAAAUUUUGUCUUUCAACCUACAAAGGGUCAGGUCGCUGGUGAUUUUAAUUAUGGAAGAGGUCAACCAGGUGGGCGUGGCAGUCGCGGAAGACCUUAUUAA